CUACUUCUUCAUCUUUGCUUUUUUGGUCAGAGGUUGGCUGUAUCUUCUUUCCACAGUCUGGCAAUGACUGUGGAUUUCAGUGGAACGUGGAACCUGAUCAGCAGUGACAACUUUGAAGGUUAUAUGGUGGCCUUAGGUAUUGACUUUGCAACACGCAAGAUAGCAAAAAUGCUGAAGCCUCAAAAAGUGAUCAAACAAGAUGGUGAUUCGUUUUAUAUCCAUACCACUAGCACAUUCAGAGACUAUUCGCUUCAAUUCAAAAUUGGAGAGGAAUUUGAAGAAGAUAAUAAAGGCCUGGAUAACAGAAAAUGCAAGAGCCUGGUUACCUGGGAAAAUGACAAACUAGUCUGUGUACAGGCUGGUGAGAAGAAGAACAGGGGCUGGACUCACUGGCUUGAAGGAGAUGACCUCCACCUGGAGCUUCGUUGUGAGAAUCAAGUAUGUAAACAGGUCUUCAAGAGAGCUUGAAUAAGUGUACUGGUUCCUACAUGGAGAGACAGCUGUAUACAGGAGAGUAAGCAUCCUCAUGUCCAGUGAUGGCUGUACGGACAAGAACUGAUUCCUUGUACCUAUUAAGCGAAAUGGUCUGAUGUUUCUGGCUCAGGAAACAAGUCUGCUGUUGCCAGUGUCAAAGAUCUG